CCCCUCAAAAAAGCUCAGUGUAAUUGCGUCUGCUGCUUGGUGGUGGUGGUCUUUCCCUCCUGGACAGGAAGACGAACAGUAGCAGGACUGGACACAAUAACAGGAAGGGGAAGUGGGCAGUGACCUUUUUUUUGGGGGGGGGCGAAAGACGUUAAGAGUGAAGUACAAUCUUAGGGGAGGAGAAGGAGGAAGAGGAGGAGGAGAACCUGUUGGUGCUCCCAAAAUAUUCUCCAGUUGCUAUCUGGAAGUGUGUUUAGCACGGCGUCACCACUUCUUUGGGAGGAUUUCGACUUUUGGAAGGAAGGUUGGGAAGGAAUCAAUACUACUAAGAACCUAUACGGGAUCAGGAAGGAUUCGGAAGGACUCGCAAAAGAUUCUGCGGUCUCGGACGCUUCAGCACUGAGAGAUCAUGGCUUUGCUCCGGGUCUGGACCGCGGGGCUUAUUCUGGCCGUCGCGGCCUGGUCCGUCUCACCCGGCGUUUCCGAGGACUCGGCUGUGGGCACGGAGAGGCGGCAAGGACUUGCCGAGGAGAUUGUGAGGAAGGAGACCUAUCCUGUUCUAUCACGGAAGAAGCGGGAGUGGAUCUGGAACUCGCUCUAUGUGGAAGAGGAGAAACCCGCACCCAUUCCCUACAAGAUCGGACAGCUCAAGUCCAGUCAGAAAGUGGACGUGAAGCGGUUUAAAAUUGAGGGCGAAGGCGCAGAUGGCAUCUUUACCGUGGACCACAAGGGUGACCUGUUUGUCAGCAAGUCUCUGGACCGCGAGGAGAAGAGUGCGUACCACCUGACCGCCAGGAUGUACGACGGCAACAACAAACUCAUCGAGGACUCGGGAGACUUUGUGGUCCAGGUGACCGACAUCAACGACAACACCCCCGUCUUUCCUAAAACUUACAACGGAUCCAUCUUUGAGAGGUCUACCAUAGGCACCAAAGUGGUCGAGGUCAGGGCGACGGACGCCGACGACCCCACCUCCGCUAACGGCGAGCUCCGCUACUCUCUGACGCCCGACGGUGACCUGUCUGCCUUUGAAAUUGACAGCAUCACAGGUAAGAUCAGCUGCAAGGUGAGCACUCUGGAUCGCGAGACCAAGAGUCAGUACAUGGUGGUGGUCCGGGCUCAGGACAUGAGAGGAAUGGCGUCCGGCAGCACGGCUACAACCUCCGUCACCAUCAGCGUCGACGACAUUAACGACAACAUCGCCUCCUUCACCAGAUCGACGUACGAGGUGCAGGUUCCGGAGAACCACAAGCUGAACACAAAGAUCGGCACUUUGGAAGUGAAGGAUGGAGAUCAGAUCGAAAACAAAGAGCCCAUUUUCUCUCUGCCGAACAACAACAAAAUAUUCUACGUGGAGCUCGGCCACAGGAAGGACGGCAACCUCAUGCUCAGACAGGCUCUGGACUUCGAGACAAGAAACAGCUACUCAUUCAGUGUGCAGGUGCGGGAAAACCUGCGAAACUUGCGCUUUCCCGCUGACAACGUGGCCACUGCUGUCACCACGGCACAGGUGAUCGUUAAAGUCUUGGAUGUGGACGAGCCGCCGGAAUUUUCACAGCCAAUGUACACCUUCAAAGUGCCUGAAGAAAGACUGGUCAACAACAUCGGCAUUGUCAGCGCCAGAGAUCCGGACAAAGCUGGCAAGAGUAUCCGGUACUCUAUCUUGGACAAGGAUUGUCCAAUCGCUAUCAAUCCAAUCACAGGGCAGAUGUCCACCCUGAGGACUCUGGACCGCGAGCUGGAGGCCACACACAUGUUCCAAGUUAAAGCCCAAGAGGAGCCAAGCGGUUUGGAGUCUUUUGUCAAAGUCAACAUUGUCGUGGAGGAUGUCAAUGACAACGAGCCCGAACUGGAUGUGGACGAGAUCUUUGUGUGUGAGAAUGACAACGCAAACACAGUGAUCGGAACUUUGAGGGCCACCGAUAAGGACGACCAGCCGGCCUCGUUCACCUUCACUCUGGCUUCUCCCAGCUCCAACUUUUCCAUCAGAGAUUUUGGCAACAACAGUGCGUACGUCCUGGUCAAACAGGGACCGUUCAACCUGGACGACCCCACAGAUUACAGCGUGGACGUGAGCAUCAGCGACGGAGGGCAACCCAUCAAGUCCAGCGUCACCAAACUGGCCAUUAAGGUGUGCCGCUGCGACGCCAGACGCAUCCCAACUCAGUGCAAGGCCAUGGCGCAGAAGAUGGGCGUGAGCGUCCACGUCCUCAUCGCUAUUCUACUCUGCAUACUCACCAUCUUGGUGAUAGUCAUCCUAUUCGUGAUGAAGAAGCGCUACCACAAAGACUCCCUAGCCGGUAUGAAGAAUAGCGGCGAGAUCCACGAGCAGCUUGUCACCUACGACGAGGAAGGCGGAGGCGAGAUGGACACCAACGGCUACGACGUUUCUAUCCUGACAUCAGCAUUCCACGACGGCUCCCUCCUCCGCCACCCUGAUUGCCUCCCCCACCCGUCUCUCUACGCUAUGGUCCAGAAGUCCCAGCCCCACCAUCACCAGCACCAAAUGCAACCCGCCUCCGCUUGCAAAGGCGACAUGGCGGCCAUGAUCCAGGUGAAGAAACACGAUGCGGACCACGACCGCGAAGGCUUCCCGUACGACACCCUGCACAUCUACGGAUACGAGGGCCCCGAAUCCAUAGCGGGGAGCCUCAGCUCGUUGGGAAGCUCCUCAAGCGGAGGCUCAGACUCGGACUACGACUUCCUAAGCGACUGGGGCCCCAGGUUCAGGACCCUGGCUGAGCUGUACGGCGUGGAAGAGUCGGAUUACUACCACUAGUUGACCUUUUUACCAUCACACCACAUGUAUUUCCAGGUGGCAAAAUUUCAGAUCAGUAAACCGACCAUUACAUGCAACUUGACCACAGAGGCAGACUCAGGCAUAGUUAACAUGACCUUGAAGAACUGACUCAUUGACUUUGCUGUUGCUCUGAUAAAUGCGACUUUUUCUUUUGCUGGUAAAAUGGAUGCGGUGAAGAGUUAAUUUUAGCUAGC